UUGCUAGCUGGAAGACCGUUACGACACAGAGAGCAGCUACAUGCCUGGUUAGCCAAACUAGCUUCUUAGCAAGUCGCCAAGGCUUUAGAGGACAAGAUAUGGCUAGAUUGAAGAUGCUUUUGAUAUUGCAUUCUGUGAUGAUACUUUGCCUGCUUGUGGCUGGCCCGGUGGAACCCGCUGCUGAAUUUGACCCUUACAAGACUCUAGGUGUCACUAGAAGUGCAAGUCAGGCUGAAAUAAAGAAAGCAUAUAAGCGCCUAGCCAAAGAGUGGCAUCCAGACAAAAACAAAAACCCUGAAGCAGAAGAUAUGUUCAUAAGGAUUACUAAAUCAUAUGAGAUUUUAUCGAACGAGGAGAAGAGAGCAAACUAUGAUCGCUAUGGGCAGGCUGAAGACAGUCAGCCUCACGGACACAGCCACCAUGGCUUCCGUCACUUCCAUGACAACUUCUACUUUGAAGAGUCCUUCUUCCACUUUCCCUUCAAUAACAAGGGAGGCCGGGAUUUUGCUGACAGCAAGUAUAAUCUCCACUUUAACCAGUAUGUCAAUGACGUCGUGCCAGACAGCUUCAAACGACCCUACCUCGUCAAGAUCACUUCAGACUGGUGUUUUAGCUGCAUCCACAUUGAACCUGUUUGGAAAGAAACGGUGCAAGAACUGGAACCUCUUGGGGUUGGAAUUGGCGUGGUGGAUGUUGGCUAUGAGCGACGCUUGGCUAAUCAUUUGGGAGCACAUCGUACCCCAUCCAUACUUGGUGUGAUCAAUGGCAAAGUGACAUUUUUCCACUAUGCCGUAGUCAAGGAGCACCUUCGCCAAUUUGUAGAGGACCUCCUCCCACAAAGACUAGUUGAGAAGGUCACUGACAGAAAUGACCAUCAGUUUUUGAACAGCUGGCAUGAGGUCAACAAACCACAUGUUCUAUUAUUUGAUCAAGUCUCUGUCGUUCCUCUUCUCUACAAGCUGACUGCAUUUGCCUAUAAGGAUUAUGUGCAGUUUGGUUAUGUGGACCAAGGCCUUGCAGAGACAGCCAAUUUGGUUAAACAAUUCAAUAUAAACACCUAUGCCCCAACCAUGCUUGUCUUCAAAGAGAAUAUAGACAAACCAGCUGACAUAAUACAGGCUAAAGGGAUGAAAAAGCAAAUAAUUGACGAAUUCAUCUCAAACAACAAGUUCCUCCUUGCUCCUCGUCUGGUGAACCAGAAACUCUUUGAUGAGCUUUGUCCAGUCAAACAGUUCCAUCGACGCAGAAAAUACUGUGUCCUGUUGAUCACUGGUGAAGAGGAGUCAUUUGCCACAGGAAAUAAGGCCUUCCUUGCUUUAGCUUCAGCCAAUACCAAGGAUGUUCUGAGGUUUGCUUAUGUCUACCAGCGUCAGCAGCAACAGCUGUGUGACAUUCUCUUGAAGAACAAGGACAGCCCUCCCCCACAGGUGGUGAUUCUGGAGCGACGUAAUGGAGCAGGGAAGGUCCUGUAUAAGCCUGUGCUGGGAGGCUGGAACGGGAGCGAGGAGGAUAAAAACCGGCUGCUGGAGGAGCUGGAACGCUUGCAGAAAGACCCAUCCAUUCUGAUCUAUGAUGCCAUGCUGCCUGAACUCAACAAUGAGUUUGCCUCUAUGUUUCUCAUACGAUGGAUUUACACAGCCUAUGAUUACCUGUCUGAAAUUAUAGAUGAUCUUCUGCAUAAUAACUGGCGUGAAAUGAUGCCACUCCUUUCACUGAUUUUCUCUGCACUCUUCAUCCUGUUUGGCACAGUGGUUAUCCAGGCUUUUAGUGACUCCAGUGAAGAGAAACAAUCAAAGCCAAAGACCAAAGAACCAUUAAAGACAGAGAAUGGGUCCCCAGGCACUGCUAAUACUUCAAGUCGCCCACCGAAGAAGAACUUUGUAGAGGUAACUGAACUGACUGAUGUGACUUACAUGAGUAACCUGGUGAAACUGAGACCUGGACACAUCAACGUGGUGUUAGUGCUUACUGAUGCCACUAAGAACAUUCUGCUCAGCAAGUUUGCCAAGGAGGUGUACUCUUUCACUGGGAGCCUGACAUUGCAUUUCUCCUUCCUGAACGUGGACAAGCACAACGAAUGGAUGUCCACGCUCAUGGAGUUUGCACAAGACGCCAUGCAGAUGGACACGGACGAAGACGAGGGUGGAAAUCGCAAAAUGGACUACACGGGGUACGUGCUGGCUCUCAACGGCCACAAGAAAUACCUGUGCCUUUUCAAACCCGUCUACACGGGCGAGGACCUGGACGGCAAAGCGGACGAGGACACAGGUGGCGCCAGGUCAAAGUCAGGUUCACGGGACGAGCACCAACAUCGGAAAGGCAUGACACGUUCACGCUCCACCUCCCUCCAGAUCCACCACAAACUGGACCGACUGGGCCUGUGGAUGGAGCGACUGAUGGAGGGCACCCUUCCUCGAUACUACAUUCCCGCCUGGCCCGGACUGGACAAAAUCACCGUCAGUAAAUAG